AUGUCAAUAAAAGUUGCAAGUCGAAAUUCGUCUUCACUAUCAACUUCUGAGCCUCUUAAACAAAAAACAUAUGAAAUCUAUCCAAACACUACUAAGUUAUCAUCUUCAGCACAAAUCCAGUAUGAAACAGCAAAAGAUAUCUUUCAUAACACCUGCGGAUCAUUCGUCGAAAAUUUUAAAAAUUAUUCAGGUAGUUUACGAACACACACGAUCAUUGAAAUUUCAUCUGCUGGUCUAGUCUAUGUUGAUAACACAAACGAUGUUCGAUGUAAUCAAUGUCAGAUUCGUAUAUUCAAUUUAACCAGAGACAUGAAACCAUUUGAAGAACAUCGACGACAGAGUCCAGCGUGUCCAUUUGUGAAACAAAUCUUGGGCAAAGAUAAUGAGCAAGAUGAAACGAUAUCAAAUCAAACGUCGUCACCCGCUAAAACCAAAUCUCAGAAAUUCAAGAAAACGGAAACAUCGACGUAUGUUAAUGAUAUAAAACGAGAAGAAGAAAAGGAGAAGGAUUCGGUUUUGAAUUUUUUUGAAACUAAAAUCACGCAACAAGCGCGGGAUCGAACGUUUUCUCACUGGCCUCAUAAAGUUCCCGAAAUUCAUAAACUAUUAUCUUCAAAUUGUCCUUACGUUAAAUUCAUUAUAAAUAAAAGUUCAUCAUUGAAUAAUAUUCGAAUUCUGAAUGAAAGCAGUCGGCAAACAUCUCCACUACCUCCAACAGUUAGUAACGGCGGUGUCGAAAAUAGCAACGUUAUCCGAUCGAACGAAAUUGUGUUGACUGCUGCAUGUAAUGCUGGUUAUAUAGAAAUUCCAAAACGACAUGCUUCAUUUGCCUCUUGGCCUCAAGAGUCCUUGCCGUCGGUUGAUGAUAUGGCUAAAUCUGGAUUUUUUUACACGGGCACAAACACGAUUGUCACUUGCUUUUACUGCAAUGGAAGUUUACAAAACUGGGGUAAGAAUGAAGAGAAGACUGUUUUGCAUCGAAAAUAUAUGUAA